AUGGCGGAAGUGUAUUCCAUAUAUCUUAUGGAAAUUCUUAUGCAAUCCAGUGGUACUCUUUCUUUUGAAGAUGCAUGGCGCUAUUUCUUAAUGCAGUUUCCCCAAACCUGGGAUAAUUUUUCCGACUUUGAGUCAUUCGUCAUCUCCCAACCCGUUUUGUUUGGUGUGCAAAAUAAUUUCAUAUUUCUAAAGGAUACUCAACCGCUUGAUUCAAUGGCCUUUAUCUCUCCAGAUUACAGUACCAUGUAUCCCGUUGCUCAUGUCCAUAUGGCUCCACCACCACCCCCACCUCCUCCUAUUAUACAAACUCAUGAUUUUGCUGCGGAAACUGAGGCUGUAAAAUACUUUCAGCGACAAAUUGGUCGCCGUAGCGAGACUUGGGUUCCCAUUAAGAGUUUAGCUGGUCAUCUCUCCCAAGCCUCAUCAAAUAUACGCUCUGUAGUCGGACCUCAAUCAGAAUUCAAAUACUUCCUCCUUCGACAUCCGCGUAUAUUUGAAGUCCAGGGUGACUUAGUUAGUCUACGAGAGGAGAUUAAAUCCUCCUAUCUUGUUCGUCCAUCGGCCCAACUUCGCCAGAAUAGCUAUCGUCGUAAUCGUCCCCUUUCAAUGUAUGCUCCUUCUGGUAUUUGCCCACAGCCUCUUUCUCAAACUAUUUCUGACGUCUCUGAGUAUCUCAAUGUCGGUGGUGCGCAAUCACAAUCAGUUCAAAAUAUACCCCAACACUUUGAUUCCGCAGAUUCUCAACAAAACAAAUGUCAAACUAUUAUCAUAUCUAUUGCUGACUAUAUAGCUGCAAUGUGGUUAAGGCAAGCUAUUGAAAAGUUAGAAGCAAAUGGAGAAAAGACUGUUCCAUUAGAUAAUCUUAUGCACGAAUUUGUCUCCGCUCCAGUUAAUAUUCGCAAUACUGUCGGGCAGACACGUGUUGAAGUGACUGGAUUUCUGGAGAAAUUCAGUCAACUCUUUGAGAUUGACAAGAAUGUAUGCAAAAAUCAGGUACUUGACAAAUCGAGCACAACUUUUGUCAUAUCAGAUACCACGUGUGCUAAUGGACGCAACAUCUCUCUGAUAAAUAAGAAAGGAGUUGCCUAUUGUGUCUGCAAAUCUUGGGGAAUUAUUGACCUGGGUCAACAUGAACAUGUUUUCUUUGACAGAUCUCUCUUCAAGCAUGUGGAAAAUUUAACAAAACAUUUCACAGUUGGUGAAACCUUAUGCUUCAAUGCCGUUCUGGCUCCCAAAGAAUCCCGCGCAAAAUGGCGUGCAACACGAGUUUGGAAGGAGUCAGAUACCCUGGCUAUUCAACUCUCGGGUCUUUCUUUGACACCUGUCGCAAACCCACUCCAAGCACAAAACGAUUCGUUAUCAGAUUCUAUUGGAUCCUCUGAUGGUAAUUCCGAUUCAGGCGUUCAAGAUGCCACAGUUCAGAAGCCUUCCGCUCUAAUAGAUAAUUUCUUUAACAAAUCUGAAUUCAAUAUUGUCCGAUUGGAUGUUGGCGAUACGGAAAAACUCCUAGUUUUACAGGAGCCAGAGGGACUAGACGAUGAUAGUGAUGACGAAGAUAUUCCACCACGUGAAAAAUUUGCCAAUGGAAAUGUUCUAAGAAAAUCUCCAUCACCUGGUGAUCAGAGUGAUGAUAACACUAGUUCGGAUUUGAAUACCAUGUCGGAUAUACCUAGUAUUUCUUCCUGUCUUCCUGGUAAUUUUGUUUCCUCCGGAACACAAACUUACUUCACGGGGGAUAUACUAGCAAAAAAAGUCUACCAUGAAUCUAAUGAUGGCGAAACUGCGCAACAAGUUCAAUAG